GUAAAAUUGUUAAAUAGAGUUAUUGGUUUAUCUCUUUCAAAAAAAAAAAGAGGUACUGGUUUAUCGACACCUUUCCUCAUUCCCCCCAUCGGCAAUUGGCUCUGCAAGUGACAAAGGAAGGCCGCCACCACGGCCGGACAAGUCCAGGAGGAUUACCGAACGCCUCCAGUCUGUUGAAUCGGGGAUUCCGCUCGGAUCUCGCAGACUCGCUGAACGAGUGAUGAUGAGCCUUUGGCCUUAAAAGGAUGCAUGAUCUUUGUAUGGUGGAUGGUUUUGUGGAUAUAACUAAUAACUUGGGAGACAUGAUAAAAUAUCUGGCAAAUGAACCAUCGGUGGGGCUUUUCUACAUCCAACAACAUACCCAUAAUGCAAUCCCCAACCUGGUCAACCUUAACAGGAAUGUGGUGGAGAAAUCUCAUGAGGUGAUUUUACAUAUGGAAGAUUUAGAGGAUUCUAUAACGGUAAUGAGAUCAAUGAAAGUGUUUGGCUUUCCGAUUGCUGAAGAGAUGAACAGAGAUAUCAAAUACUCCCUUGCUGUCAUGACAGCAAGCCAACCAAAAAAAGGAUUAUUAAAUAUAAAUAUCCCCAGGGGCAGUUUUGGGAUUGGGAGUGUUAGCACAAGCAGCAAUUUGGAUGGCAGUGAUAACAACAGCAGUUAUCUGUCUAGCGUAUUGAAAUCAGCCAGGCGAAAAGCUAGUAGCUUUAAGUGGGCUCAACUUGAAACCAAAGUGCCGUCUUCACCAACUGUUGCAAAGGCUAGUACUGAGCAGUUGCUGUCUUUUUCAAGUAAGUUUGAGGAGUUUAGGGCAACCAGGGAAGCAGAAUUGGAAGAGUGGUUGGAAGGUGGAAGAUGCGACCAGUAAGAGUAAACCCCGGGGGUUAAAGGAUACAUUUUAAAGGAUGAUGAAAAGAUGCUAGAAUUUUGGGGGCCGAACAAUUGUGCUGAUUAGAUGAUAACUCGCUGCCCACUAUGAGAGCUUUGCAUUGGUUGCAUACUUAAAUGUGUUUACUGUUUAAGUCCUCUCAAAAAAGGCAUUAAGCAGCGGUUACUGGUGGAUGGUGUAGGGGCUUUGUAGGAGAGUCAUGCAAUCCUGAUAUCUCUGAUGGCAUACAUAUUUGUUUACUUUUAUGUAUUAUUUCAAAUCAAGUCUGGAGGAUCGGAGUGGAAUGAAAUUAUGAAAUUGCAAAAGAAGUCCAUUUAUUUUAAUAUUUUGUACAAAAUUUGUGGUUUUAUAUUUAGAAGCUCUUCUGAUUCUUUCAAAUAUACAACAAGAAAAUUACCUAAGAUACAUUGAACUAGUGUUUUGUGUUUUAGAAAUCUUAAAUUCAGCUUGGGAUAAUUGGUUCUAACCAGUCACCUUUAGCGUAGACAUUUGCCUUCUGCCUUGCCUAUUUGUUGUUUUCAUCAGAUCUUGCUAGUUGCUCGUAGUAUGAUAAUUGUUCUACCACUAGAAUAAAUGCUGUUUUAUCUACUCGAAUGCCUUUUCUGUUUAUGCUGCAUUUCUUAAACCUAUGGCAACCUGGAGUAUCCUGAAUCGGGAAUAACCGGGGGGGAAAUCCGUUGAAUAAUUGCUCAUUUGCAUAAAGUUCGGAGUGCUCGCCUCCAUUCUACGUUUUUUUUUGUCAGAGAAGACAAAUCUCUGCUAAAGGGAAACGCCUGCAAGAAACUUGCACUUCUUUAUCAUCCUCUCAAUAAGUCGGGCAUGCUAAAUCUUUGAUUAAAUUCUUUAAAGGUUUUUUUUGUUUGUUAGCAGUUAUUUCACAAUUCACAUGCAACAAAGACUCUUCUGGAAAUGGUGGUUGAAUGUGUGACAUUUGUCACUGCUGGAGUCAAAUCACUCAAAUUCAGAACUAGUCAACACUUCGGAACAUGUAUGAAUUUCUCCCAUGUCCUUUCCAUGCAAAGCAAAAACUUAGUCUUAAAUACAUUGGUUGUAAAAGCUGCAUCAAGGGCCAAUACUAGGACGGAAAAUUCAAAGGUUCGGAACAUAAGAUUAAGAAAAAAGUACAAUGGUACCCCAGCAAAACCAAGGCUCUCUGUGUUCUGUUCACAUAAGCAGCUGUAUGCUAUGCUAGUAGAUGAUCAAAACCAGAAAUGUUUGUUCUAUAGAAGCACUCUGCAAAAAUCAAUUCGUGGCGACCCCCCUUGCAGCACCAUAGAAGCAGCUGAACGUGUUGGUGAAGAGCUUGUAAAGGCUUGCAUUGAUCUUAACAUUAAUGAGAUUUCUUCUUAUGAUUGUAAUGGUUUUGCAAGAGGUGAAAGGAUGCAAGCUUUUGAGAUCCUUAUUGCUCAGCAUGGUUUCUUGCCGAUUAAAUAGAUCAGAGGCUUGCAUUUUUCAUUUUCCUUCUUUUUUGUAUUAAUUAGACCCCACCAUACCCUCUCCAAAUGGGGAGUGAAUGAUUGAUAUCUCACCGGUAAACCGCUAGUAGUAUUGUAGAAAAAAAAGGAGAACUAAGCAUAAGAGAGGUGAUAUUAAUGAUUUGAGAACUGUUUACAUUUACCCCAAGGGGUAUUUAUACUAGUAAUCAAUGUUAGGUGCAUUAAUCGCACGUACAUGUGUAAACUAAUCUAUGGACGA